AUGGCAUCCGCAGCCCCCGCAGCCCCUCUGUCCACAGUGAAGGAUGUCGAGAAAGAUGCAGUGGUGCAAGAUAGCAUUGUGCCAAAGGGCACGGUAGCAGAGAAACUUCUCAAGCACUCGCACGAUGCGGAUGCAGCUAUGAAAGCGUUUGAAGGGAUGGAAGGCCAGGUGGUUGAGCUUACCGAGGAGAAGAGUAGGGCGUUGUUGAGGAAGAUUGAUUUGCAUUUGAUGCCUAUCAUGUGUCUGGUAUACGGACUUAAUUACCUCGACAAAACAACCUUAUCCUACGCCAGCAUCAUGGGACUCAAACUCCCGCCUUCAAGCAAUCUGCUCAAGUCGGGCAUUAAUCUCACGGGAGACGAGUACUCGUGGCUGGGAAGUAUGUUUUACUUUGGCUAUAUCGCGUGGGAGUAUCCGACGUCGAGAUUAUUGCAGGUUUUGCCUUUGGGGAAAUAUUCGGCCUUCAACAUCAUAAUCUGGGGCCUAAUCCUCUCCUGCUUCGCCGCGGUAUCCAACUUCGAGGGCGCGCUCGCCAUCCGCUUUUUCCUCGGCGUCUUCGAAGCAGCCGUAACACCGGGCUUCGCGCUCUUCACCUCGCAAUGGUACACGACGGCGGAGCAAGGCUCGCGCACCGCCAUCUGGUUCAGCUUCAACGGGUUCGCGCAAAUCUUCGGCGGCUGCCUCGCCUACGGCAUCGCCGUCGGCUGCCGCAAACUCGGCACCGAGAUUGAGCCGUGGAAGAUUGUUUUCUUGGCUACCGGCCUGCUGACCGUGUGCUGUGGUGUCGCGUUUUUGUGGAUUAUGCCGGAUAAUCAGUUGAAUUGUCGGUGGUUGAGUGAUGAGGAUCGCGUCUUGGCCGUCGAGCGGAUUCGGGUUAAUAAGCAGGGGGUGGGCAAUAGGCAUUUCAAGUGGUAUCAGUUGAAGGAGGCGUUGCUGGAUCCGCUGAGUUGGGCGUUUUUCUUUUAUGCCUUGAUUGCUGAUAUUCCGAAUGGCGGCAUUUCAAACUUCUUCUCCCAACUCAUCGUUGGAUUCGGCUACACGCCUGAGCAAUCCCUCCUAUACGGUACCCCGGGCGGCGCCGUCGAAAUCGUCUUCCUGAUUGCCUGCGGCUGGGCCGGCGAUAAGUACGGGAACCGCAUUCUGAUUUCCAUGAUUGGCCUGCUCACUGCUAUCCUCGGCAUGCUACUCAUUGUCGCGCUGCCGCUAUCCAGCAAUUCGGGGCGCCUGGCGGGAUACUAUCUCACACAGGCAAGUCCAACGCCAUUUGUGGCGCUCUUGAGCUUGGUGGCGAGUAAUGUGGCGGGGUAUACGAAGAAGACGAGUGUAGCAGCCAUGUUUUUGAUUGGAUAUUGUGUUGGGAAUAUUAUAGGUCCCCAGACGUUCCGCCCUUCAGACGCACCCCGCUACGUCCCCGCCGAAGUCACAAUCAUCGUCUGCUGGGGCGUAUGUCUCGGCAUCCUCGCCUUCAUCCAUUUCUACUGCGUACGCCAAAACAAGAAAAAGGCAUUAAUUCGAGCAGCACCCGAUUAUGUCAAGUUGGAGAAUCAGGAAUGGCUCGAUCUCACGGAUAGAGAAAACCCAGAAUUCAUAUAUACAUUGUAAAUCCGACAUAUACAUAAUCAACCAAUCAACCAAUCAUUCUUUAUUCAAAAUGACAAAAAAAAAACUUAGUCAUUCAUUCAUUCAUUCAUUCUCCUCAUACUCUAGCACGUCGCAAGCAUACUCGUCAACGCACUCUUCUCCGCACUCGUAAUCGUCAACCCAUACACGCUCUUGACCUUGAUCCACAUCUU